AUGUCAACCUACUUCUAUGCUUCUCAUCAGCAGAUGCAAAACUCGCAUAACAUGAUGCAAUCCUCCAGUCACCAUGGUCGCACCCGUCGAAACCAGCGGAUGUCUUCUGCACAGCCGAGCAGUCGGCAACACCGACAACAGCAUCAACAACCAAAGCAGAUCGAAAAGUCUAUUGCCGUCGAAGCUCCAACGUUGACUACCUUCCGAGCUCGUUUCGAGGCUGGCAGAUCUUUCGAUCUGGAUGACGAUCUCGAGUUCUGCCCGAAUCUUUUGACAUGGGACGAGCGUCAAUCCGUAACGUCCGGUUCAUCCGACCGAUCGUCGUUGUCAAGUGGCUCGCCGGAUAGCUCGCCGCUUCAACAUCAGAUACAGCCUCACAUGGUACCAACUCUGUCUUUACCAACUAGUUCCUACGUUUCACCACCUACAGCUUAUGCCAUGAACAACCUUCAUCUGCAUCAACCUUCCGCUAUUCGGACACGAAAGGCCAUUCCCAUUGUUAAUCCUGAUACCCGAAGCCGCAUGAGCCCACCAUCAUCUAUCUCUCCAAGCAUGAUGCAACAAGGCCAGCGACCUCGCUGGUGA